AUGACUGCGUUAUCGCCCAUACUGCGGGGACUGGCGCUAUUGACAUUGUGCCUUGUCUCCCUUAAUGCAGGCGUGCAGGCGUUCUCUCAAGGCGAUACCACUACUCGCGACUCAUUGCAGUCCAAUCCACGGAUCCUGGUUCUCGGGGGCGGCGUCGCAGGCAUUAUCGCGGCACGAACGCUUCAUCAAAAUGGGCUCGACAACUUCCUGAUAAUCGAGGCGCGGGACGAGAUCGGUGGGCGGCUCCGCUCGCAUACUUUUGGGAACGGCACGACUAUCGAACUUGGGGCGAAUUGGGUGCAAGGAACUCAAGUGGGGGGCGGACCGUCCAAUCCUAUCUGGGACCUGGCUAGAAAGCAUAACGUGACGACCGUGUUCAACGACUACUCGAGCAUCAUAACCUACGAUGAAGCGGGUCCUGUGGAUUAUAUCGACGUCGUCGACGAUGCAGUAGACAAUCUAGACAAAAUAACUGAACUAGCGGGCGAGAGAGUGGCCGGCAAUCUUGUCGACUUGAACGCUCGUGCGGGAUAUUCUCUUGUGGGAGCGAAACCUCAAUCUCCCCAUGCUAGGGCAGCUGAAUACUGGAACUUUGAUUGGGAGUACGGAGAUACCCCCUCAGGAAGCUCCUUGGUAGCUGCAGGAUUGAAUAAUAACUUCACAUUCGACACCGACCAAGGCGGCUUCUCCGACGAAAACCGACUUUCCAUCGAUCAGCGCGGUUUCAAAACUAUUAUAACCGAAGAAGCAAAGGCAUUUUUGCGACCUUCUCAGUUAUUGCUGAACUCGACGGUGAAAAGCGUCAGAUACGGGAAUUCAGGUGUACAAGUGACACUCGCGAACGGGACAUCGAUUUCGGGCGACUACGUGCUCUGUACGUUCAGCUUGGGCGUGCUUCAAAAUGACGAUGUCGAGUUCGAUCCUGAGCUACCCGAUUGGAAGAUGGAGGCGAUUCAGUCUCUGACAAUGACUACGUAUACUAAGAUAUUUCUAAAAUAUGAGCGCAAGUUUUGGUUUGACACGGAGAUGGGCUUAUACGCUGACAAAGAAAGGGGCCGCUAUCCCGUCUGGCAGAGCCUCGACCACCCAAAGUUUCUCCAGGGUUCGGGAAUCUUGUUCGUUACAGUCACUGGGCAAUACAGCGAGCGUAUCGAGGCUCUUCCGGACCGACAAGUUCAAUCUGAAGUGAUGGGGGUCCUGCGUUCUAUGUUCCCGAAGACAGACAUCCCGCCGGCUUCUGAUUUCUUUUUCCCUCGAUGGCACUCUGAUCCGCUGUACAGAGGAUCGUAUUCCAAUUGGCCAGCCUCCUUUACGCGCGACCAUCAUGAUAACUUUCGCGCAAGCGUUAGUGUCGGCGGACGUGAAAGGCUUUGGUUUGCCGGCGAGGCGACGAGUUUCAAGUACUUCGGUUUCCUACACGGCGCAUAUACUGAGGGAUUGGAUGUCGCUCAAGAGAUGAUCAAAUGCAUCCGCCGCGGUCAGUGCACUGGGUUGAGCCACUUUGACGAAGUACGAAAUGUCCACCCGUACGGUACCAAUUAG